CCGGCUCCAGAAGCUUCCUUCGACUCCUUGCUCCUUGCCACGCACCGCCGCCGCCGCCACCGGCGAAGAGGAGGAGGGCGAGGGGGGGAGGAUGGGAACCGGACAUAUACCGCUGCCUCGCCUGUACGAGUUCCUCCUCGGCAAAGAGCGCGACCGUUGGUCGCCGGAGGCCAGGUUCAUCGAAGCCGCCCACAACGGCGACAUCGGCAAGAUCAAGAAGAUUGCAAAGGAGAUGGACGUGCAGGGGCGUGGGAUCCCGGUGACGGUGGCCAGCACCACCUACAUGGGCAUGAACGCCCUCCAUGCCGCCGCCGGCUGCGGCAGCUUCUCUGUCUUCCAGUAUCUCGUGGAGGAGGUCAAGAUGGAUGUCGACUUGCCCGCUCAGCAGUUUACACCCGUGGCGCAUGCCGUCACCAAUGGCAACCUUCCUGCCGUCAAGUACCUCAUUGAUCAUGGCGCUGAUCUGCAUCAGCAACGUGCAGAGGGAAACAUCACCCUUCUUCAUGUAGCUGCAGUUCAUGGGUACUCUGAAAUAGUUAAGUUUCUUCUUGUGAGGGGAGCUGACGUCGAUGCAUUAUCAGAUCUUGGGACAGCACUCGCGGAUGCUGCCAUUAGAGGAUAUCCUAGUAUUGUCAAGACCCUUUUGGAGCACAAUGCAGAUCCCAACGACACUAGAUGUCAGUUUGGACCUUUAAGCAUGGCAUUACAAAAAUCUUCCGUAGCCUGUGUGAAGCUAUUGAUUCAGGGUGGAGCUAAUGUCAGUAGUGAUAGUCCUCGGGAUAAUCUUUUGGUGAAGGCUGCAGAGAAGGGCUUAACUGAAGCUAUCAAGUGCUUGUUGGAAGCUAGCGCAAACCCAAAUGUUCCUAACACAUUUGGUAGACUGCCAAUAGAGUUGGCUGUUGAGUAUGGUACACGGGAAGAUGUUGAGAUUCUCUUUCCGUUCACCUCACCCAUUUCAACUGUGGAAAAUUGGAGCGUUGAUGGAAUCAUUAGUCAUGUGAAGAUGGAAAUCAAGCAACUAGAGAUUGUUGUGGCAGCGUUCGAAACAGCAUAGAAGUUGUUCGUUAGCUCGAACCAAAGUUGCCUAAUCAGCACCUGCUGUCCAAAAUGUCCGAGGCAAUGAAGGAAAGUGAUGGUCAGGGUUUACAAGCAAACCAAGAGGGUGUACGAGGAGCAGAGGCACACUCACUACAGCAACAAAACCCAAAUAUAAUUGGCGCGUAUGCGCACCAAAGGAAUAAUUUGUCGUGGGAAGCGCCCGUCAGACAUAGACAGCAAUGCCAGUGCACAAGAUGAUGACUCAGAAGGCAAGGAGGUCAUAGAGGAGGGUGAAUCACAGCCAAAACGCCGAAAAACAUCCGGAAAUGAGGGUCGCAGGAACAGGGCAUCACCAGCAAGGUUGUUCAAACUAAACAAAGACUUAGUGCAAUUUCAGAAGGACGAGGUAAUUCGAAUUGAGUUUGGAGGUCUGUUGCAGAUUGCAACAUGUAGCAUGCCAGGAGACUUAAGUCAGUGGGUUAUGAAGCAUUACGACCCCGAAAUUUCCCAACUUGUUAUCCCAGAGAGGGGCAAGAUUCCAGUAGAUGCAGCAAGUGUUCACAGGAUAUGGGGUCUGCCAAACAGGGGAAGGAAGGUUUGCUACGAGAAUAGAGCAGAUUACACAUCCAAAAUGUACAAAAUCUUGAAGAUCAGUACGAAAGGCUCACCAACACUAACAUCUUGGUGCAAAAUGAUCAAGGAUAUGGCUGGGGCAGCAGAUAACAAUUUCCCGCGUGCUUGGUUGGCAGUUGCAUUCUCCUGUUUCCUUGCUUCUACCAUAAGUUUAAACAUAUCCCCACGGUGUUUUCCUGUUGUGAUGCAUGUGGAUGCAAUAACGGAGACGAAUGUAUGCUAGUUUGUAGUAGAUCAAUUAAAAUUGGCAUUCGUGGGAGCAGGUGAUAAAAAUGCAGUUUGCUGCUGCGUCAUGCAUUUAGUUCUGUUAUAUCUGGACUCAUUGGAUGUGGACGAACCGAUCGCAAGCACGGUUCCAAGAGUGUCGGUUUGGGAUUCUGAUCUUAUUUCCAAGGUCAUUAAGAAGGAAAAAAAGGGCCGGGGGGAGUUUGGCAAGUUGCAG